CACAGAUCAAUCAAUUAUCCAAAUUUCUAACUAGAUCCAUGAAGCAAAUAAACAAUGUGACAGAAUUCAUCCUGCUUGGGCUGACACAGAACCCAGAUGUGCAGAAACUCUUGCUUGUCAUAUUUGCACUCAUCUACUCCCUUACCCUCAUUGGCAACCUGCUCAUUAUUGUAACAGUCAUCUCUAGCCCAACACUGGGAUCCCCCAUGUACUUUUUUCUGUCCUUUUUAUCCUUCGUAGAUGGCUGCUGCUCUUCCACCAUGGCCCCAAAAAUGAUAUAUGACUUACUUGCUGAAAAAAAAACAAUCUCCUUCAAUGGCUGCAUGACUCAGAUCUUUGCAGAACAUUUCUUUGGUGGAGUUGAGAUCAUCCUGCUCACAGCUAUGGCCUAUGACCGCUAUGUGGCCAUCUGCAAGCCACUAUAUUACAUGAUCACAAUGAACAGGAGAGUAUGUGGCUUCCUGGUUUCCACGGCCUGGGCUGGGGGAUUUCUUCAUGCUUUGAUUCAAAUUCUUUUUAUGGUCUGGUUGCCUUUCUGUGGCCCAAAUAUCAUUGACCAUUUUAUCUGUGACCUUUUCCCUCUCUUAAAACUUUCCUGCACUGACAACCACAUCUUUGGACUCUUUGUUGCUGCCAACAGUGGGCUAAUGUGUAUGCUAAUUUUUUCUAUUCUUCUCACCUCUUAUGUACUCAUCUUUUGCUCUCUAAAGACUCAUAAGUUUCAGGAAUCAAUGAAGGUGUCCUUGGGCUUCCUUGGAGAAAGAUUUGAAGUAGCCGAAUUCAGCACCUGCUAUUCCAAGGAAAGGUACAUGUAG